GUGGAUCAAGUGAAGUCAGUUAACUGAGAACUGUUAAUGAAAUUACAAAGUUGAACGGUGUGAAAAGUUAUUAAUAAAAUUUAUUUUUGGAAUUUCACUGUCAAUUUUGGUGUUACAGUAUUGAUUGAACGUGAUAAUUUUAAGUGAACAAUAAUAAUUGUGUUUAAGACAAUGCCUAUUCGUCGUAGCAAGGUAUUAGUAAAAUGGAUUUACGAAAACCAGCACAAAAUACAAGCAGUACGAUACUGUAGUUCUUUGCUGCGCUACAAGGAGUUGGAGGAGAGCGCACAAAUAGAGCCCGAAGCAGUAACAGCUCCGCAAACGACACCUCGCCCUCAAAUAACACCAGAAUUUUCUUUCAAGUAUGAUGAUCUUCAAGUGAGACUAGCAGCGCCGUACCAAUUACAACCGAAGCCGGAAGCGAAUGAAUUAGGUUUUGGAAAAUAUUUCACAGAUCACAUGCUCAAAAUAAAUUACUUUAAGGAACUGGGCGGAUGGCAGAAACCGGAAAUUAUUCCUUUCGAGAAUUUGUCGAUACACCCGGCAGCGAAAGCUCUACAUUAUGCUAUACAAUUAUUUGAAGGAUUGAAGGCAUAUAGAGGGGUUGAUGAUAAAAUACGAUUGUUUCGACCAGACUUAAAUAUGCAACGUAUGAAUUUAGCCGCUCAGCGAUCUGGUUUACCGAUGUUCGACGGCGAAGAACUAAUUAAAUGUUUAGUCCGGCUUAUUCAAAUAGACCAAGAGUGGGUUCCUCACUCCGAAUCGUCCACGCUGUACUUACGUCCCACUUUAAUAGGCACAGAGCCUACGUUCGGUGUAAUGGAGCCAGAUUCAGCCAUGCUAUUUGCAAUUUUGAGUCCUGUGAGCGCUUACUACAAGACCAGAAGCGACGGAGCGGUCUCUAUUUACGCGGACCCGAAUGUCGUGAGAGCAUUUCCAGGCGGAGUCGGCAAUAGAAAAGUUGGGUCGAACUAUGGACCUACUAUAGCGGUGACAUCGCGCGCAGCCAAGUUAGGUCACCAACAAGUGUUAUGGUUAUUUGGACCGGAUAAAGAACUAACAGAAGUUGGAGCUAUGAAUAUUUUUAUAGUCUAUAUUAAUGAACAAGGAGAUAAACAAUUAAGUACACCGCCUUUAAAUGGACUCAUCUUACCCGGAGUCACUCGGCGGUCGAUUUUAGAGCUGGCAAGCCAGUGGGAAGAUUUGACUGUAAAGGAAGAGGUAAUCACAAUGGAACGACUUAUCGAACUCAAUAGCAAAGGACGGUUGCUAGAGAUGUUCGGCGCGGGCACGGCGGUGGUGGUGACUCCCAUCAGCAACGUGGGCUACCUAGAAGACAACAUCCCUAUCCCCACCAUGAAGCAGUCUCAACCUGUGUUCCAACGGCUCAAGGACACGCUUCUUGCCAUUCAGUAUGGCCACAUAGACCAUCCGUACGCAAAAAUUAUAUCAUAGUACACGACGCAAGUCACGAAAACGUUGUGCACUCUCACUUCGAACUAACUUGAGUGAUUGUUUGCAUCCUUAGUGAAAUAAACAGUGAACGGAUUGUGUCGAACUUCGUAAAACUAUAACUUAUACGUUUUGCGAGAACCAUUCGUAUAUUAUGUAACGUUAAGAUAACUUUGAAGGACGUUUUGGCGAGAGGAUUAAAGAACGUGAAGAAGUGGAAUGAUAUCUGCGUACUGUACUGUGAAACUCCAUUAUUUAUCAUUAUUCUGUAAAUAUUUGUUUCAUUAAUAUUUCAAUAUUAUUUAAUUAUGUUGUAUUGUAUAUGAGUUACUUGUUUUUGAGUCUACGGGUCAGCGGGUGAACUUUUAUUAAAAUUUCGACUAACAUAAAGCAAUAUUACGUUCAAAAAUGUUAUCAUUAAGUUAGAAUUACUAAGAAAGCAAAGCAAUGGCAAAAUAAAAAUAUUAUGAGAGCUAGCCAAGAAUCUGGAUUUUAGAACAUUGAUAUUCACUUAGUGUGGAAUAAAAUACGAUUAUCGAUAAAUCGAUAAUAGUAUUUUAUUUAUACCGAUACCGAAUACGGUGAUAAUCCAAGUUAUGAGGUAAAGUCACUGAAAGUCAUAUUGAUUUAUAUAUGAAGACGAAAUAUAGUCUUCAUGUAUUAAAGUCUUGAAAAGAAUUUGUGAAAGCAAAUUUUAUUACGCAAUUGUUUUUGCAUGUUAUUCGUUUUCGGGUUAAGGCAAAUUUCGAGGACAGAACUUCACGAGAUCAAUAUAAUAUGCUGUUAUUAAAAUAAUAACAACAAUAAUAUAUCUCGUAUUUCAAUAAACAAUACGUCAAAUAAUCUUAACUUUCCCGUUUAAUAAAUAUUAAUAUUAUUGUUAUCGGAGCGUCGAGUUCGAUUCAUUUACUCGAUCGUAUUUUGUUCACAUUCGAGAAAAUUAGUAAACACUUUGUAAAGUAUUAUCAUAUCAUAUUUAAAAUAUUACAAGAAACCAAUACGAAUUGAAAAUUCAAUUUUCGAAUACUUAUUAAUUCUUUAAAAAAAUAUUUACUCAUAAAUUGUAAUCGAAGAAUCGUUUUGUAGUGUCAUUUGCAAUACCUGUCUGUACUGUUGUAUUUUUAAAGUAUUGUAUGGUAAUCUACACAAACAAUUGACCUGGUUUAAUGAAAUUUUCAUAUAAAAAUAUUACUUUUUUCUUGAUUUUCCGGGUUAUGGUCGUCUUGUAUUGCAAAUAGAAUUAGCCUUUUCAAUUAGGCGAAAAUAUGAAAUAUAUUACGAAUCUGAGAUGAAAACUUUUGAAGAAUUGAAUAAAAAUCAACAUUGCUUUAUACACCGAAGAGGGUUCAAUGCCUUAUACUCCUUUGUAAGCUUUUCCUGUGGAUAAUUUUAUUUUUGUAUAAAAUUUUAAAUGUUUGUUUAAGGUAUGUAAGUAUUAUGAUUAUAUUUUAAAGAGGCCUCAUAGGUCAUUAGAAACUAAUAGUAGUUGUAUUUUUCAUGUAAAGUUGUUUUUUUUUUCUAGUCUAAGAAUCUGUACA